AUGUCUCUCUCGGUUGAAGAACUUGAUCAGACGGUGAAAACCUUUUUCGAAGGUCGAGGCGAUAUUCAAAAACAGGCACAAAAUACUUUGAACCAGUUCAAAGAAAACCCCGAUGCAUGGCUGCUGGUUGACAAGAUCCUACAAGAGGCGUCCUACCCACAAACAAAAUAUAUUGGCCUGCAGGUGCUCGACAAUGUCAUCAUGACAAAAUGGAAGAUAUUGCCAAGGGAGCAAUGCCAGGGCAUACGAAACUUCGUGGUAGACUUUAUCAUUCAAAACUCCAACUCUGAAGAGAGCCUCAAGUCGCAGAAAGCACUGCUCAACAAAUUGAACCUCGUCCUUGUGUCUAUAUUGAAGCAAGAGUGGCCCCACAAUUGGCCCACAUUCAUCAACGAAAUUAUUUCGUCUUGCCACACAAGCCUUUCAAUCUGCGAGAACAACAUGUCCAUCUUGAGACUACUUUCUGAGGAAGUCUUUGACUAUUCGGCAGAGAAUAUGACCUCAACUAAGACGAAGAACCUCAAAACAACCAUGUGCGCCGAGUUCUCGCAAAUUUUUCAGCUCUGCUCCGAGGUCCUGAACAGCGCCAACCAGACAAGUCUCAUCAAAGCUACAUUGGAGACACUCCUACGCUUCCUGAGUUGGAUACCACUGGGGUUCAUCUUCGAGACACCAAUUAUUGACACUUUGAGGGGAAGAUUUCUAGAAGCUCCUGAAUUUCGAAACGUCGCUCUUAAGUGCUUGACUGAGAUAGGGAGCUUGCAAGUAGGACCGACACCGGCGUAUGACCAGAAACUUAUCCAAAUGUACACGGAGACCAUGACAACUGUUUCAAAAAUAAUCCCUCUCUCAGUCAGUCUGAGAGACACGUACGAGAAAAGCAAUGCUCGAGAUCAGGAGUUCGUUCAAAAUCUUGCAAUCUUCCUCUGCCAAUUCUUCUCAGUCCAUCUGACUCUUAUUGAAAAUCUUCCCAACCAAGACUUCCUCAUACAGCCUCAUUUUUAUCUGAUACGGAUAUCACAGAUUGAGGACCGGGAGAUAUUCAAAAUCUGUUUAGAGUACUGGACAAAGCUCGUGCAGGAACUGUACGAAGAGAUGCAACAACUACCAAUCACCGAUAUCAAUCCACUUAUCAGCUUGACAACGAGCGGUCUUUCCAAUAGCGGAGCGCCUCAUCCAAGCGUUCUUGCAAAUUAUCCUUUACGUAAACACAAAUACACUGAAGUACUCUCGCACUUACGGACAGUCAUGAUCGAAAAGAUGGUCCGACCAGAAGAGGUACUAAUUGUAGAAAAUGAGGAAGGAGAAAUUGUCCGAGAGUUCGUCAAGGAGAGCGACACUAUCCAGCUGUACAAGACAAGCAGAGAGUGUCUUGUCUACCUCACACAUCUUGAUGUCGUGGACACCGAGCAGAUCAUGGCUGACAAGCUUUCCAAACAAGUCGACGGUACUGAGUGGUCCUGGGCUAAUUGCAACACGCUCUGCUGGGCCAUAGGGUCAAUUUCUGGCGCCAUGAAUGAAGAAACUGAGAAACGCUUCCUUGUUACUGUCAUUAAAGACCUUCUGGGACUGACGGAAAUGAAACGCGGCAAGGACAACAAGGCCGUGGUAGCUAGUAACAUCAUGUAUAUCGUGGGCCAGUAUCCCCGUUUCUUGAAGGCACACUGGAAAUUCUUGAAGACCGUCGUCAACAAGCUCUUUGAGUUCAUGCAUGAGACACAUGAAGGUGUGCAAGACAUGGCCUGCGACACGUUCAUCAAGAUCGCCAGUAAAUGCAAGCGGCAUUUUGUAGCUCUACAAGCUGGAGAGUCUGAACCAUUCAUUGAAGAGAUCGUGCGCACAUUACGAAAGAUCACGGUCGAUUUGAGCCCACAACAAGUGCACACUUUCUACGAAGCUUGUGGUCACAUGAUCAGUGCCCAGGGCCAGAAGAGCCAACAGGAGCGCCUGAUUUCAGAGCUGAUGUCCUAUCCCAACACAGCAUGGGAUUCCAUCAUCCAACAAGCCAAUAACGAUCCAGUGAUUCUGCAAGAUUCAGAUACUAUUAAGGUUGUUGGUAACAUCAUGAAGACUAAUGUCGCAGCCUGCACUUCCGUUGGAAGCUACUUUUAUCCGCAAAUCGGGCGAAUAUACCACGACAUGCUCUCAAUGUAUCGCGCCACAAGUCAAAUGAUAUCGGACAGCGUCGUUCGUGAAGGUUCCAUAGCAACAAAGAUGCCGAGAGUCCGCGGCCUGCGAACGAUCAAGAAAGAGAUCUUGAAAUUGAUCCAAAUCUACGUUGAAAAGGCGGACGAUACCGAAAUGGUCAAUGCCAAUAUUGUUCCCCCGCUUCUAGAUGCUGUUCUUGUGGACUACAACCGGAACGUAGCGGAUGCUCGAGAUGCUGAGGUCUUGGAUGUUAUGACUACUAUCAUAACGAAACUCAAUGGUCUGAUGACUGACAAAGUUCCAACCAUUAUGGAAAACGUUUUCGAAUGCACUCUCGAAAUGAUCAACAAAGACUUCUCCGAAUAUCCACAGCACCGAGUCGAGUUUUUCAAAUUGUUGAAAGCCAUCAACUUGUAUUGCUUUCCUGCUCUUCUCAAGCUUGACGGCCGACAAUUCAAAUUCGUCAUCGACUCAUGUAUGUGGGCAAGCAAACAUGACAAUAGAGAAGUGGAAAACACCGGUUUGAAUAUGUGCAUUGAAUUAAUGGACAACAUGGCUGAGCAAGCUGACUCUCAAACUUCGAACAUCUUCUUUCAACAAUUCUUCGUCAACAUCCUCCAGGACGUCUUUUUUGUCCUCACAGAUUCAGAUCACAAAGCCGGUUUCAAAUCACAAACCUUGCUGCUUUCGAGGAUGUUUUGGUUCGUCGAGAACGGGCGAAUUAGUGAGCCAGUCUACACGCCAGAGCAGGCACCUUCCGGGACUGGUAACAAGCAAUUUUUGACGGAAUUCAUCCGCAACCUCCUGCAAUCUGCUUUCCCUAACCUUCAGGCAGGGCAAAUAUCUAAUUUUAUAGAUGGCCUUUUCGCGCUGAACGGUGAUCUUGGAAGGUUCAAGUUGAAUAUUCGCGAUUUCUUGGUACAGCUGAAGGAGUUUUCGGGUGACAAUACGGAACUUUACGCUGAGGACCGUGAGGCUGCCCAGACUGCUGCCAAGGAAGCAGAGCGUGAGAAAGCUAGUAAAGUGGGUGGUUUACUGAAACCAUCAGAAAUUGAUCAAGAUGACGAAUUAUGA